UUGAAGACAAAGCAAAAAUAUAUAUGAUUAGGGAUGUAUGAUUGAAUAAUAAUUGCGUGGCCUAAUUAUGUUUGGUCAAUCUUCUAUGAAAGAAAGUGACUUCUCGCUACAGUUUCAAGUAAGCGGCAAAGGUACAGAGAGAGUUGGACUGCUGUCUUGAAGCUUACAAAUGGCAGCCUAAUGAAGACCAUCCACUAUUUAUUAUAAAUACGGGGUUGGGCGUGGCGUUUCCUUGAGUUUUUACAGAUAACGGAAAGGCACAGAUGGCCAGCCUGAACCAGCAACAACAGCUGGUGAUUCCUCAAGCAUGGGGCAGCGGGAGCAACCGCAUAGGCGCUAUCAAUGUACAGGGAAGGACUCCAUUUCCCAACGUCACUCCUAACAACGAUGACAAAAGUUUCGAUGAACAGCUUGAUUUUGAUACUUCGGAUGAUCAGAAGCCUGGAUGGAAAAAGUUUUUGGCGUUUGUAGGCCCUGGUUUUCUUGUUUCAUUGGCUUAUUUAGACCCUGGAAACUUGGAAACUGAUUUGCAAGCAGGAGCUAAUCACCGAUAUGAGUUAUUAUGGGUGGUUCUUAUUGGCUUGAUCUUUGCUCUUAUAAUCCAGUCCCUUGCUGCAAAUCUGGGUGUAAGCACUGGCAAACAUUUAUCAGAAUUAUGCAAGGCUGAGUACCCAAAACAUGUCAAGUACUGCCUGUGGUUGCUGGCGGAAAUAGCUGUCAUAGCAGCUGAUAUACCAGAAGUCGUUGGGACAGCCUUCGCAUUAAAUAUUCUAUUUCACAUCCCAGUAUGGGUUGGAGUUCUCAUCACCGGCUUCAGCACUCUCCUAUUUCUUGGCCUGCAGAGAUAUGGGGUGAGGAAGCUUGAAAUGUUGAUAGCAAUGCUUGUAUUCGUAAUGGCUGCUUGUUUCUUUGGAGAAUUGAGUUAUGUAAAGCCUCCUGCAGUUGAUGUGCUUAAGGGCAUGUUUAUUCCCAAGCUCAGAGGCCAAGGUGCUACAGGCGACGCCAUCGCCUUAUUGGGCGCCCUCAUCAUGCCACAUAAUCUGUUCUUGCACUCAGCUCUUGUCCUCUCCAGGAAAGUCCCCAAUUCUGUCCGUGGCAUAAACGAUGCUUGUAGAUAUUUUCUGAUAGAGAGUGGAAUAGCUCUAUUUGUAGCAUUUUUAAUCAAUGUAGCAGUGGUGUCCGUAUCAGGCACUGUUUGCUCAGCUCCAAAUCUCUCAGAUGAUACAAAGAAUCAAUGCAGUGAUAUUACACUCAACUCCGCUUCUUUCAUGCUCAAGAAUGUGCUGGGAAAAUCGAGCUCCAUUGUUUAUGCCAUUGCGCUUCUUGCCUCAGGGCAAAGCUCCACCAUCACAGGAACUUACGCUGGACAAUUUAUUAUGCAGGGUUUCCUGGACAUGAAAAUGAGAAAAUGGCUAAGAAAUUUGAUGACAAGGUGCAUUGCAAUUACACCAAGCCUUAUUGUUUCAAUCAUUGGUGGACCUCAAGGAGCAGGAAGAUUAAUUAUCAUUGCUUCGAUGAUACUGUCAUUUGAACUGCCAUUUGCUCUUAUCCCUCUCCUCAAAUUUAGCAGCAGCAGCACUAAGAUGGGACCUCACAAGAACUCUAUUUAUAUCGUUAUUAUUUCAUGGAUCUUGGGCCUGGGAAUUAUAGGCAUCAAUGUAUAUUACCUCACUACAGGUUUUGUAGAUUGGCUAAUUCACAACGACUUGCCUAGAGUGGAAAAUGUGUUCAUCGGUAUCAUAGUGUUUCCCCUUAUGGCCGUUUAUAUAUCAGCAGUUAUCUAUCUAACUUUCCGAAAAGAUACUGUUGUGACAUUUAUUGAACCCACGAAGGAAGACCCUGUGGCCCAAACCCACAUGGAGAAUGGGCUUGGCUAUCCUAAUGAGUCAUUGGAAUUGGACCGCCUACCUUACAGAGAGGAUUUGGCUGAUAUUCCACCACCUCAGUAGAGGUCUGCAUCAUCCCUGAUAAUUUGUAACUACCUGUAUGUUCAAAUGUUGCUGAACCUAUAAAUAUCCUUUUUCGACCCUUAACCGUUCAAACUAAGAGGGACAGCUUCUGCAUUCCACUUCUUGCGGGUAUCUAUGAAAUUUGAGUUAAAUUUUCCUUAUUUUGUACCACAUUCAGUUCAAAGUGUUUCAUGAGAAAUACUAUUUAUAAAAACAUAUUGUUCAAACUUA